AUGAAGAAUGAAGCAAGAAUUAAUGUUUACGUUUGGGCGGAUUCCUCCGCGUCUACGUCACGUGUCCAUGGCGGGGGACUCAGCAAGGGGGAGGGGGGGGGGCAGAGUCGCUCUACAGGUGGUCCCCCCCCUGACGCGAUUGAUUGCCCGCACAGCGCACAACCACCGCCACUCAACAUAUUGACCGGGACGCUAACGCCCGCGUCGCCUCUCGCCUGCAACUUCGCGCAAGGUCUACGUAACACCAGCAACCUCGUCGCUUUUUAUGCGGGCGUAUACCCACUA